AUGGAAAGACCACCUGAAUUUGAUGAUGUUGAAGCACUGGGAUUAGAUGAAAAUGAGGAAGAGGAAGAGUUGAUGCAAGAAAUUGGUAGUGAAAGACUAAGGCAAGUACUGGAGGUUACAGUGAUGUAUGAUGGAUGGACAGAUAGAAAAGGAAGAACCUUGAUUAAUUUCUUGAUUAAUAGUCCAAAGGGAAGUGUGUUUAUCAAAUCAAUUGAUGCAAGUGAUGAAUCAAAGACAGCGACAUUGUUGGCCAGUUUGAUUGAGAAAGAAUUGAUGGAAAUUGAUCCCAAAAAAGUGGUUCAAGUUGUUACAGAUAAUACAUCAAAUAAUGUUGCAGCAAAUUUGAUGUUGGAGGAUAUCUUUAAGAUCUGUGUUUCCAAAGAAAUAUUCCGCAAAGCUGUUGAGCUUACUGGUUUCAUAUAUGGCUCUUCAGGAGUUCUAAAUAUGUUGCGGAAGUUUACUAAUGGAGUAGAAUUGCUAAGGCCAGAGCAAACUAGAUUUGCUACUGCUUUUAUUACACUGGGAAAGAUUCAUCUUCAGAAAGCCAACAUUAGAAAAAUGUUUACUUCGAAAAGUUGGACAACUAAUAAAUGGGCUAAAGAGGUGAAAGGCAAAAAGUGUGAAAGGACGGUUUUGAGUCCUGCCUUCUGGAAUCAUGUUGUUUAUGCUCUUAAGGUUUUCGGUCAUCUUGUUCGUGUGCUUCGACUUGUUGAUAAUGAAAAAAAAAACCAGCUAUGGGAUAUAUUUAUGAAGCCAUAG